AGCCCCCACCCCUUCCCUGGUGCCGCCCAGCACCCGCCUGGCCUUCCCAGAGGCCUCCAGGUGCAGAGCCGGUCUCCAGUCCCCUGAGAAGGAGCUGAUAGUAAAUGUUCUAGGCUCUGUGGCCACCUGGUCCCUGUGGAAGCCGCUCAACUCUGUUGUUGCGUGGAGGCAGCUUGGGCCGCGCUCCAAUAAAACUUUAUUGAGAAACAGUGUGGGGGCCACAGAUGGGGCCACAGCUUGCGGACUUCUGGUUUCAACCAAGAACAAAGCAGCCCCCGUCUUGUCACGUCAGUCACCCCCAGAUUCAUCUGGAACCUGGAUGUCGCUGGCCCCUCCCCACACCUCCGCCCUGGGCUCUGCCUGCCAGCACGAGCGUGUUCACUGUGUCUGGUUCACUUCUCCAGAACAGGAGGAGGAAGUGGAAGAAGAGGCUGGAGACGGGACCGACGCAGAGGAGACCAACGCCGAAGAAGGUGGAGAAGAGGAAGAUAAAGAGGCUGAAGAUGGCCCAGUGGAGGAGUUCAAGCCCAGGCCCAAGCUGUUCAUGUCCAACCUCGUGCCGCCCAAGAUCCCCGACGGAGAGAGAGUGGACUUCGACGACAUCCACCGGAAGCGCAUGGAGAAGGACCUGAACGAGCUGCAGACGCUGAUUGAGGCGCAUUUCGAGAACCGCAAGAAGGAGGAGGAGGAGCUGGUCUCCCUCAAAGACAGGAUCGAGAAGCGGCGCGCGGAACGGGCGGAGCAGCAGCGGGUCCGGGCGGAGCGAGAGAAGGAGCGGCAGGCCCGCCUGGCCGAGGAGCGGGCCCGCCGGGAGGAGGAGGAGAACCGGAGGAAGGCCGAGGAUGAGGCCCGGAAGAAGAAGGCUCUGUCUAACAUGAUGCACUUUGGAGGCUACAUCCAGAAGACGGAGCGUAAAAGUGGUAAGAGGCAGACGGAGCGCGAGAAGAAGAAGAAGAUUCUGGCCGAGAGGAGGCAGGAGCUGGCCAUCGAGCACCUGGACGAGGACCAGCUGAGGGAGAAGGCCAAGGAGCUGUGGCAGAGCAUCUACGACCUGGAAGCGGAGAAGUUCGACCUGCAGGAGAAGUUCAAGCAGCAGAAAUACGAGAUCAACGUUCUCCGCAACAGGAUCAAUGACAACCAGAAAGUCUCCAAGACCCGUGGGAAAGCCAAAGUCACCGGGCGCUGGAAGUAGAGCCGCAGCCUCCUCGCUGAGUCCCCGCCCCGCGCCCCCGGGCUCCCGGGCUCCUCCGGCACCG